CUUGCCACCUUCCUGGUGAACAGGACUGGAUUCGGACUGAUGACAAGAGGAAUGGUCAGCUGUCCUCAGAGCACGUGAAGGACAUUUGUAGAUGAAUCUCACAAACCUGAUGUGGAGUGAAACAAACAUAAAAUGAUACGUCGUAUGCGAUUCCAUUGAUGUAUAAAACGCAAGAGGGCACAUUCAUAUCUUGUAUUCUGGGAGACUGGUCUCUUUAACCAUCAUAACAAGCUAAGGAGGAGCUACUCUAAUUACCUCUACUUACAACACGAGAAAACCAAGGCCUGAAACAUGAAUUAACUUGCUAGAGGCUACGAAGGGGAAGAGCCAGGAUCAGAACGCAAAGGGUGUAAUUCUGGGAGCAGAAUCAUGAGCCGGAGUCUGCUGUAUCACAUCCCCAGCUUCCUGGGACUGUUGCCCUUCUGGAUAUUGUGUACGUCUUCUACCAACAAAUGUGCUGUUAGGCAUGAAGUCGCUGACUGCAGUCAUCUGAAGUUGACUCAAAUACCCGAUGACCUCCCAGCAAACAUAACAGUGUUGAAUCUGACCCAUAAUCAACUGAGAAAAUUACCGCCUGCCAAUUUUACAAGAUACAGCCAACUUACUGUCCUGGAUGGAGGAUAUAACUCCAUCUCCAAAUUGGAUCCAGAGCUGUGCCAGAAACUGCCCUUGUUGGAAAUUUUGAACCUCCAACACAACGAACUCUAUCAACUUUCUGAUAAGACCUUUAUCUUCUGCCUGAAUUUGACUGAACUCCAUCUUAGGUACAACUUAAUCCAUGCAGUGCAAAGUAAUCCCUUUAAAAGCCUGAAGGCUUUAAUCAAAUUAGAUCUAUCGCAUAAUGGUUUAUCAUCUACUAAAUUAGGAACUCAGCCCCAACUGGAAAAUCUCCAAGAGCUUCUAUUAUCAAAUAAUAAAAUUCAGGUACUAAGACGUGAAGAACUUGAUUUCCUGGGCAAUUCUUCUUUAACAAAAUUAGAGUUGUCUUCAAAUCAAAUUAAAGAGUUCUCUCCAGGGUGUUUUCACGCUAUUGGACAAUUAUUUGGUCUCUCUCUGAACGAUGCCCAGCUGGGUCCCAGUCUCACAGAGAACCUUUGCCUGGAAUUGUCAAACACAAGCAUUCAGACUCUCUCCCUGGGCAAAACCCAGCUGUACCGAACAAGCAAUAUGACUUUCGCUGGACUGAAGCAGACAAACCUCACCGUGCUCAAUCUUUCCUCUAACACCUUAAGUGUCAUCGGUAAUGACUCCUUUGCUUGGCUUCCACAUCUAGAAUAUCUCUUCCUGGAGUAUAAUAAUAUAGGACAUUUGUCUUCUCGCUCCUUUUAUGGGCUUUUCAAUGUGAGAUAUCUGAAUUUGAGAAAUUCUUUCACUAAACAAAGCAAUUCCCGUGCUUUGCUUCCGAAGAUCGAUGAUUUUUCUUUUCAGUGGCUGACACAUCUGGAGUAUCUUAACAUGGACGAUAACAACCUUCCAGGCAUAAAAAGCGACACAUUCACAGGACUCGUACAGCUGCAGUAUCUAAGUCUGUCCAACUCCUUCUCCAGUUUGCGAACUUUAGCAAAUGAGACAUUUGUAUCUCUUGCUCGUUCUCCUUUACUUGUGCUCAACCUAACCAAAAAUAAAAUCUCAAAAAUAGAGAGUGGUGCUUUUUCCUGGUUGGGCCACCUAAAGGUGCUUGACCUCGGCAUUAAUGAAAUUGGGCAAGAACUCACCGGUGAGGAAUGGAGAGGUCUCGAAAACAUUGUGGAAAUCUACCUUUCCUACAACAGAUACCUACAACUGACCAGCAACUCUUUUGCCUUGGUUCCAAGCCUUCGACAACUGAUGCUCCGACGGGUGGCCCUUAAAAACGUGGAUAGCUCGCCUUCACCUCUUCUCCCUCUUCGUAACUUGACCAUUCUCGAUCUGAGCAACAACAACUUAGCCAACAUAAACGAUGACCUGUUGGAGGGUCUGGAGAAACUGGAAAUUCUGGAUUUGCAGCAUAACAACUUAGCUCGGCUCUGGAAGCAGGCAAAUCCUGGUGGUCCUGUGCAUUUUCUAAAGGGUCUUUCUCACCUGCACUUCCUUAAUCUAGAAUCUAACGGCUUUGAUGAGAUCCCAGUAGAGGCCUUCAAGGACUUAUUUCAGUUAAAGGGUGUCAGUUUAGGAUUGAAUAAUUUAAACAUACUUCCAUCAUCUGUCUUUGAUAAUCAAGGGUCUCUAAAGUCAUUGAGCCUUCAAAAGAAUCUUAUAACAUCCGUUGAGAAGAAUGUUUUCGGGCCUGCUUUCAAGAACCUGAGUUAUUUAGACAUGAGCUUCAAUCCAUUUGAUUGCACAUGUGAAAGUAUUGCCUGGUUUGUUAAUUGGAUCAAUAGUACCCAUACCAACAUCUCAGAGCUACCAAGCCAUUACCUCUGCAAUACCCCACCCCAAUAUCAUGGUUUUCCAGUAAUGCUUUUUGAUAUAUCACCCUGCAAAGACAGUGCCCCCUUUAAACUCCUUUGCAUUAUAAAUACUAGUGUCCUAUUGAUUUUUACCUUUAUUGUACUGUUCAUCCAUUUUGAAGGCUGGAGGAUAUCUUUUUAUUGGAAUGUUUUAGUGCAUCAGGCUCUUGGUUUCAAGGAAAUGGAUAAACAGCCAGAACAGUUUGAUUAUGCGGCAUACAUAAUUCAUGCUUAUGAAGACAGGGAUUGGGUCUGGGAAAAUUUCUCCCCAAUGGAAGAAGAAGAUCAAACGCUCAGAUUUUGUCUGGAAGAAAGGGACUUUCCGGCAGGUGUCCUUGAACUUGAAGCAAUUGUUGAUAGCAUCAAAAGGAGCAGAAAAACAAUUUUUGUUAUAACACAGAAUCUAUUAAAAGAUUCAUUAUGCAAAAGAUUCAAGGUACAUCAAGCAGUCCAGAAAGCUAUUGAACAAAAUCUGGACUCCAUCAUCUUGAUCUUCCUGGAGGAGAUUCCGGAUUAUAAACUGAACCACGCACUCUGUUUGCGAAGAGGAAUGUUUAAAUCUCGCUGUAUCUUGAACUGGCCAGUUCAGAAAGAACGAAAACAUGCCUUUCAUCAUAAGUUGCAAGUAGCACUUGGAUCUAGAAAUUCAGUACAUUAAAUUUAUGUAAAUGCCAAAGUAACAAAGGAGUAACUUUCCUAAUUUAAAAAGUUUCAUGGUGAAUUUAAGUUUUACUUGAAAAUAAUAUAAAUCUAUUUAUAUUUUAUGGGUGAGAAUAUCAGAUCACAAUUCUCUCUUUUCUAUGGAAAUGUAUCUCCUUAUUUCAGGUCUUUGAAUACCAAUUGACUUAAUUUGACCCAAAA